CAUGUUUUCUAAGAACGGUAUAGUGUAAGAUCGACAAACAAAUAAUUUAUUGGCUGUUCAGAUACAGCUAGCGAGACAUAUGCACCAGUUCAAAUAAGCACCUACGACAGACGCAGUGGCGACGCGGCGGGGCCGUGUUCGAGCACCGCGAUGCCGGCUCUCAAGCUUUUUGCGACGGUUCUUUGCGUCUUCACCUCGCACGUCGUGGCAACAGAGGAUUUCAAUAUCACUGACGAUUCGGUGUAUUUAGCUGUAGCCAGUAAAAAUGGGGAGAUAAUUUAUAUGAAGGAAGAGUUAUCGAGAAAGUUGGGGGAGGAGCGAGAAGUGUGGCACUGGACGCCAUGGAUGCGCACCAGGACAGAACUCUACGACAAUGUCCUUACUGAGUCAUCGUGCGUCGAUGGAAAUUCGAUCGAGAGUUUUCCGUACGGAUUAUUUAAUGAUGACCAAUUGCGAGCAGGAGCGUUCGUCUUAUACGCUAUUUUCGGCAUAUAUUCGUUCACUCUGCUCGCUAUAGUAUGCAACGACUUCUUUAUACCGUGCGUAGAAAACAUAUGCGAGGAUUUAAAAAUUCCACAGAAUGUGGCAGCAGCUACGUUCAUGUCAGUGGCGACGUCGGCUCCGGAGUUCUUCGUGAACGUCAUCUCCACGUUCAUGACGGAGUCGGACAUGGGCAUCGGGACCAUCAUCGGCUCCGCCAUCUUCAACGCCCUCGGCGUGGCCGCGAUUGGCGGCAUUGCUGCUAUCCGAGUAAUUAAAAUUGAGCCUGUGCCCGUCACUAGAGACGUUCUCAUUUACAUGGUGAACGUUAGCGUCCUCGUAGUCAUCGUGUGGGACGGCCAAGUGGACUGGUACGAGGCCCUGGUACUGGCCAUACUUUACAUUCUGUACUUCAUCCUUAUGUUCAACAGCAUUCGGUUGUUUACGUUUGUGAGCAAGCUAUUCAAUAAGUGCUUCAAGCGCCAGAGUGAAGACACAAACGAGCGGGCUAGCAUACCGAACACAGAAGUGCUUGAGAAACCUGUGGAAGAAGGGGUGGCAGACAAAGAUGUCAAAGGCCAGACUAGCAACGGUGACAGCAAGAAUGUAGAGGAUGAGGAACCAAAUAAACCUAAGAAGAGUUUGUUCAGGUUCCCGAAAGAGAAAGGCUGGCCGUACAAGUGCUGGUGGCUGUACACCUGGCCGCUAAAGCUGCUGCUGGGCAUCACGGUGCCCUCGCCCGUCACGAGGCGCAAGUGGUACCCCUUAGCCUUCUUCAUGUGCAUCAUCUGGAUCGGAGUCAACUCCUACUGCAUCACGUGGAGCAUGACAGUUUUAGGUCACACAUUCUUUAUCCCCGACUCGGUGAUGGGGAUGACGUUCCUGGCCUUCGGAGGGUGCCUCCCCGAAGCAUGCUCUAUAUUCAUCAUGUCAAGAAGAGGCGAAGGCGGCAUGGGAGUCUCGAACGCGCUAGGGGCCAACUCGCUGGCCAUCUUGUUCGCCCUGGGUGUGCCCUGGCUGAUCCGCACGCUGACUUUGCUCGCGCGCGGCGACGACCCUGUCGUCUACAUAAACUCCAGUGGCAUCGACUUUGUCGUAGGCUCCUUACUAGUCGCGGUCUUGUGUCUUUGGUUAACUCUAUGCAUAGGAAAGUUUACUCUUAGGAAAUCGGUCGGGUUUGUUCUAGUUGUAUUUUAUGCAAUUUUCAUAACGUUUGCCAUUCUUGUCGAAAUGGGUAUAAUCUUGGAUCGGACAGUUGCAUUUUGUGGUUAAGGACCUAGUAAGUUAUAAUAAUAACGCUUAUAUGAGUUGUAAAUAGUAAAUAUAAUUUUGUCUUAGUCAUUUAAAUAACAUUAUCCGACUCGAACCCGACAUCCUAAAUUCCUUCCAGAUCAUUUAUUAUAAAAUACGUAGCGCGUGGGCCAAAAAUGUGCAGUCGUAUGUCAACUAGGUCACGCACUACGAAAUAACGAAUUUUAUAAACAUUCGUACUUGUGCAGAUGUCGGCUUCGAAACUGAUGUUGUGUAGGAUAAUGUUGGGCGAAGUAAAACACGCCGCACCUAGGAGGAAACCGAAGGAUUUCAAUGUUAUGUUUCCGGUCAAAUAAAGAUACUAAAAUAAAAUCUCGAAGAUGCUUAAAUAUGCUUAUGUUCUUAUUUGUAAACAUUUUCUGGUUUCGACCUGAUGUCAGUAAAUAAAAUAUAUUAAAAUGACACAUAUCUACUGCUGAAUGUAUUUUUGGUUGCUUUGAUGUUGCCGCUAUGUGAUACCUAACUUAUUUAUUGACAGAUCUCAAAGCACUAACAUUCUUUAUAUCCAAUAAAAAUACAUAUAGGACAAGUAGCUAUUAAAAUUGUUGGAUGAGUACAUUUUUUUAACAUA